AUGAUUGGACGUGUCUGGAACCUGGUCUGGCUUGCUACCGCCUUGGUUGUAUCAGCCUCUUCAGCCCAAUGCGCUUCUGGAAACGAGGGCUCUACCACUCCAUGCUAUUUGGAACCUCUACUAGGAUUACCGCCGUCCCCUGACAGCAGGAUCAUCCCUUGGGGCUCACCUGGCAUCGUGAAUGGGACAUCCACCUGCUGCACUUCACUGGAUGAAGUCAGAGCAGGAAUAGACAAUGUCGACCAACAAUUGUUGAAGCUACUCUCCCAGAGGGCUGCACUGGUCAAGGAAGCCACGCGAUUCAAGAGCACUAGAGACAAGGUCAAUGAUCCUACGAGGAACGCCCAGGUCAUCGAACGGGCUAUCAACAACUCAGUCAACGUGCAUCUGCCUCAAGUCAUCGCAGACUCGGUUUAUACCGCUAUCAUCAAUUCUAGCGUGCAGUUUGAACUAUGUGUGUUCGACUCGUUUGGAAUUGAGGCACGCUAG